AUGCCUGACGCCACGCUGCCCGCCUGCUUCCUCAGCCUGCUGGCCUUGUCCUCCGCCUGCUACUUCCAGAAUUGCCCAAGGGGUGGCAAGAGGGCCUUGCCUGAUGUGGAGCUGAGACAGUGCCUCCCCUGCGGCCACGAGGACAACGGGCGCUGCUUCGGGCCCAGCAUCUGCUGCUUGGACGAGGUGGGCUGCUUCAUGGGCACCACUGAGGCGCUGCGCUGCCAGGAGGAGAACUACCUGUCGUCACCCUGCCAGUCCGGCCAUAAGCCCUGCGGGAAUGAGGGCCGCUGUUCCUCCGCGGGCUUCUGCUGCGAUCGUCAGAGCUGCACGGUGGCUCCUGAGUGCCGAGAGGGCUCUCACCGCCACGCCCGCGCCAGCGACCGGAGCAACGCCACGCAGCUGGACGGGCCCGCCGGGGCCUUGCUGCAGCGGCUGGUGCAACUGGCACGAGCUCCCGAGCCCGCUGAGUUGGCGCUGCCUGGCGGCUACUGA